AUGCGAAAAAGCCUUUACUUGCAAAUUGUAUGGCAAAAUUUCAACAAGAUUACUUCAUCCCGUAGCACAACCUCGUUGAGUGUUUGUUCUUCAUCAAUAAUAUCACAUAUUCUUAGAAGGACUUCAUCAAACAACAAUCCGAAGAUUGCAGAUGAUUCAUCAUGGUUGAUGCAAAAAAAAGAAUAUCAUUCAAAUAGAUGUAUUUUGAACGCUUCUUCAGCUAGUUCGACUUCGGAAAGUGGUAAAGAUUAUUUAACAAGCAAGAGUAUUUCCCUAGGAGUAGAUGAAUCUGGAAUUCCUCUUUCCCAAUCGUUCCUAAAGCCAACAAUUUCAUACGAAGAAUUUAUUUCAAAAUGUAGAGCCAUGGAAUUAGGGGAAUUGGAAGCAACAAGUGAAAACGUUAAUGAUUUAUAUCUGUAUGUCAAGUAUGACAGAAUUUCUGGUUUAUCUCACUGCUCCCGAGAGCAACUUGAAGGACUCUACAAGUAUGCUUUUUUGAAUUGCUAUAGAUUUGAAUCUUCAUUUGACAGAUCACUUUGUGCUCAGAGUUUAUUUGACAAAUUAAUGGAAAUAUUAUUUCAGAGAGAAUUGAAAGAGUUUGACCUCUCGCUAUUGGAAGGCAAAAAUAAGGUACACUUAAAACCUGAAGAUGUCAUACCUGUAACAUUUAAUGACACGGACCUUUAUGUCAUUUUAAUUGAUAUUUACUCAGAAAACAAGUUUCCUGAACAAACGUUUGAGCUUUUUGAAUCUAUGAAAAAGCACUUUCAAAUACUUCACAAACAAGAAGAAAUAUUGCAAGGAUUGGCGAGCGCAAUGGAUGAUGAUGGAGCAGAUACAGACAAUGCGACACCAUCGUCAAGCUCUACUACGAGUAGAGAAAUGGACGAAAUUGACGAGUCAAGUGGUAUUGUUAUCAAUCCAGAACAUGUAGAUGACGUGUUAAAGAUUGAAUUAGAGCAUAUUUAUGAAGAUCAGGCGGAUGAGACCUCUAUUUUACAGAAAACAGAUGAAGCUCCUUCUUACAUUUCCGUUCUGGAUGCUCCAGAAGAUCCUAACGAUACUGACAUAUUGGUGCCAAACUUUCCAAGACUUAAUCCUCGAGCGUUCAAUCAACUCAUUGAUGCUUGUGCGGGUAUAGGAAGAAUCAAAGAUAUUUACCAAAUACUUCAAUUCAUGAUUGCAAACAAUAUUGAAAUGUCCACAGAUACUUUAAACAAAGCAAUUAAGGCCUGCAUUCCUUCUGGAUCAAGCUAUGAAGCUCUAAAGCUCUUUGACAUGAUUAGAGAGAAAAGUGAAUUGACUGUGAAACCAGACAUUGAGACAUGUAAACUGCUGCUCAACACAUGCUAUGAAGCAGGAGAUGAACACAACUAUAAAGACAUCUACGAAGGUAUGAAGCGUAUGAUUGUCAACAAGGAAACUGGCGUUACAGAAGGACAGUAUGAAUCGGAAUUACUAAUGGAUUAUUUGAAAUGUAAAUGUGCUACUGCUGCAAGUGAAAAUUGUUCCGAGUGCUUAAAGUUAGUUGAAGAUUUCGAAUCAAAAACAGGAAGAAAAUUGAGUAUUGAUUAUUACAACCAAGUGUUACAAGCUGCCGCUAAAGUUGGAGACAAGAAAACAGCUUUGAAAAUUCUUGAAAAAACUCUCAGAGAAUACACUGCGAGCAAAGAAAACACCUCUCAAGCACCAAGCACAUACACCCUUCCAAAUAUGGAUACUUUUAAUGGUGCUUUGAAGGCAUUAAGUUAUGAUGGAGAUUUGAGAACGGUCGAUCUGUACAAACACCUCAGAAAAUUGUGCCGAGAUCUUUUCCAUCCAAAUACUGAAACAUUCAAUGCCAUCAUUGCUGCAGAAAUCAAGAGAGGAGACAUCAUGAAAGCAAAGAAAAUCCUCAGAGAAAUGAGAGCACGUGGUUUGGCUCCAAAUGCUACGACUUUUAAUCAAUUAUUCUAUGGAUAUUACAAGACUGAUUGGGAACAUCACAUGAAAGAAUUCAGAGAACGGGAAAGAACAAGUGUUUUUAAAGCUUAUUAUGAAAGAUGGGAAAAAGAGCAUGCCACACUUGCCAACACGCAGGAUGACCUUUCUGAUGAAGCUCAAAAGGCCAUUGAGGAAAUUAUGUUUGCACCUUCAACAACAGACAAAGACCCAACGAGCAAGUAA